GCAUUCUGCUCUUAGUAUACUACCUAAGUGGAGUCGCUGGGCAGUCAGCAACGUUCCAGACGUACGCAGUAGACUGGACCGAGGUACCAGCCGACCCACCCACUACCCGCAACCUGACAGCCAAAUGCACGUGCGACCUCCGGGAGGAUGCUUGCGACCUCGGGUGCUGCUGCGAUACCAUGUGCCCCACUGGACUGACUAGCUGGUACACCUCGGAGGGCGUCUGCCUACCGCAGCAAGCGGACCAGCAGACGCUGACGUACUGCAUGCCCAGCGACUACGUUUACAAGGUGAACCUGCCGGCAAGCAGCGACUUUUACACCAUCGUGAAGGAUCGCGCGGAGGUCAAGUUCUUUUCGGAGCUGCUCUGCAUCGUGUCGGACAGCAACCCCAACCUGGGGGCAACCUACCCGGACCCUCCGGCUGGCGCCGUGGGUGACAACGUGAACCUGGCGCAGUGCCCCGCCGCCACCUCGCCGCCCUCCAAGCCCUCCAUCUACCAGUUCCGGAACUACAUCUACGUGCAGCCCCCGCAGGCCACCUCCAUGCAACCGCUAACGGUGCCGUACCCGGCGUUCAGCAGCGAGUGCAAUGACCAAUACACGGUUGGGUUCCUGCUGCCGGUGCCCGCCGGGAACAAGGAGUACUAUGCGGGCUGCCAGCGCGACCUGGCCGCCCUCAACCUGAGCUCCGCAUGCUCGGGGUCGGGGCUGCUCACCGCGCAGUACUACAGCGGCAUGCACUUCCAGACGGGCACCGGGUCGGCGCUGGGGCAGCCCUUCACGCUGGGUACCGUGCAGUACCUCAACUCCAGCACGGGUGAGCUGACCACCGCCAACAGCACCGCCGCCUCCUACAACGCCAGCACGGGCGUCUGCAGCAACAUCGUGCGCUACAUUAACAUGACGGUCUACUACAGCCUCACGGACGAGGCGUCGGAGGACGCGCCCGGGUACAUCGACAAGAUCGAGGUGUCGUUCGUGCUGACGGACGUGCUGUCCUCCGCCGGGCCGCUGGAGCAGGGCGUGCGGGUGAGCUGGCUGCCCACCGCCACCCCGCAGCCCAUCGACGUGGUGACCAGCGGCAACCCGGGGUACAUCACCGGCUUCCCCUUGCUGGCUGGCACGCUGGCGACCUCCCUCGCCUCCGACGGCGUCACCACCAAGUCCGCCAUUAGUCGCAUGGUGUCGGGGCUGCCGCUGCCGGCGCCGGGGCCGGGCGGCGCCUGCAGCCCCGCCGCGCUGCAGACCGUCAAGUACGGCGUCAACACCAGCUCCACCUGCAGCGUCAGCCUCAACGCGACGCAGCUCAUGGACUUUUGCACCACGGGUCAGAGCACCCCGCAGAGCUACGUGCAGCAGGUGAUGUCCUCGCUGUACGGCUCGGUGGUGGCCAGCAAGCUCUACCUGGGCGAGUGGGGCGACUCGGACUACAACAACGUCAACCAGUGGCUGCAGGUGCAAGUGUCUGGCUACCCCUUCAACCCAUCCAUCUUCUCCACGUCCGAUCAAGCUUGCUCAGGAGUGAUCACCGGCUUUGACUUACAAAUUGUCACCGGAGUUGCCUUUUCGUCCAACAAUUUGCAGCAAAAGGUGCUGUAUGCCAACUUGUGUUUCAAGACUGGCGUAUGGGACUUCCCCGAGAAUGUACCCUCCUCGUCGGCGCAGCGCUUCUACCUUCAGUUCAACGUGUCUUUUAUUCGGUUACCGCAACAGGCUGUGGAGGUUAAGAAGCCAGCGCCCCCGCUAGUUGUGCCGCUUCCAGCAGAUAUUUUCUAUCCGUUUGUGGCUUCAGAGAGCGCAGAAAACGCCGCUCGCGCAAGCCCUUUUCUGUUGGGACUGAUCGCUUUGAUUGCCAUUUUAGUGCUGCAGCUUCUGCAAACAUUGUGAUUAAUAUCAUAGAGCACUAACUGUUCUUGUAGAGAGAUAGCACAGGCUCGGACGCAUUGUCCGGCUCCCGCAAUGUACGGCCCCAGCUGGGCAUCGAUCCUGUCGAUCCAAUGACGCAAACGUCAAUCUGUACAUAAAAUUGUAAUAUCGGGAAAUAGGACGCAUCAUCUGCUCGUUGGGUUUGGUAGGGUUUACCAGACCUACCGCUGCACACAUGCUGCCUCUUCAAACGCCGCAAGGCGUGCGUAUUCAUAGAUCGCAGCAGCUACAGCCUCCUUGCAUUUCAUCGCGCAACAGCAUCUUGCGUAACGUAUGCACAACUCGACAGACGAGCAGCCGGGGCAGGCGCGCAACUUCAAUCCUGGCGACAAGCGAGCAGCCGAGCGGCACCAUGGGGGCCCCCGGUGACAUACUAAGCAAAGACUAUGAUAAGAACAUCCCCAAUUACGAUAAGGGGCGGCGGGCGGGCAUCCUGCUGCACCCAACAUCCCUCCCCGGCCCAUACGGCAUCGGCGAGCUAGGCGACGAGGCCAAACGCUUCGUCGACUGGCUCUCUGACGCCGGCAUGCAGUGCUGGCAGAUGCUGCCCCUGGUCCCCCCCGACCCCAUGUACUACUCCCCCUACUCCGGCACCGACGCCAACUGCGGCAACCCCAUGGUCAUCUCCCUGCAAGAGCUCGUCCGCGAGGGCCUGCUGCAAGCCUCCGAGCUGCCUCCGCCCGUCCCCGCCGGAGACAUCGACUUCCCUGCAGUCGCCGCCGCCAAGCAGCCCCUGCUGCAGCUCGCAGCGCAGCGGCUGCUGCGUGAGGAGCGCUUCUCCGAGCUGCGUGAGCAGUGCCAGGCCUACCGGCGGGAGCACCCCUGGGUGGAGGACUCGGCGCUCUUCGACGUGGCUCGCAACCUGCCAGAGCUCUGCAACCUGGCGUGGUGGCAGUGGCCUGAGCCGCUGCGGCUGCGGCAGGCGGAGGCGCUGCAGGCGUUCCGGGAGCAGCACGCGGCCGCCAUGGAGGAGUUCAUUGCGAUACAGUUCCUGUUUGAGAGGCAGUGGAAGGCCGUGAGGGCCUACGCCAACAGCCGCGGCAUCCAGGUCAUCGGCGACAUGCCCAUCUACGUGGGCGGCCACAGCGCCGACGUGUGGGCGCACCGCCACCUGUUCGAGCUGAACGAGCUGGGGCUGCCGGAGCAGGUCAGCGGGGUGCCGCCGGACGCAUUCUCGGCAACAGGCCAGCUGUGGGGCAGCCCGCUGUACCGCUGGCCCGCGCACCGGCAGGAGGGCUACCGCUGGUGGACCGCCCGCAUGGCGCGCACGCUGGAGCUGUACGACGAGUGCCGUAUCGACCACUUCAGGGGCUUUGCGGGCUACUGGAGUGUGGACGCGCGCGAGGAGACCGCCAUGAACGGCGUGUGGCGGCAGGGUCCGGGCCUGGAGCUGUUCGAGGCGCUGCGGGGGGCGCUGGGGGGGGUGCCCAUUCUGGCUGAGGACCUGGGGGUCAUCACGAAGGAUGUGGUGGAGCUCAGGGAGGCCAUCGGCGCCCCAGGCAUGGUGGUUCUGCAGUUCGCAUGGGGCGGCGGCCCGGGCAACGUGCACCUGCCGCACAACCACUACGAGAACUGCUUCGUGUAUCCGGGCACACACGACAACGAGACGGCGGUUGGCUGGUUUCGGGGCAGCGCCAAUGAGACGGAUAAGGCCUACAUCCGGUCGUACCUGCGGAGCGAUGGGAGCGACAUUGCGUGGGACUUUAUUCGCGCCUGCAUGGCGGCUGUGCCGCGUACCUGCAUCAUGCUCAUGCAGGAUGUGAUGCGGCUGGACAACACCGCGCGCAUGAACACCCCCGGCACGGCGGCGGGCAACUGGCGGUGGCGGCUGGGCGACAGCGGCGUGUGGGGGGCGCUGCGGCGGGAGGCGGAGGAGCUGCGGCAGCUGACACACGACACCAACCGGCUGGCCAAGGAGAAGUAGAGGCGC